GUCUUACAAAGCUUCCGUAGCUGUCAUGGCGUGCUUGGUAUCAGCUGUGUUUGCCUUUUUACUUGUAUGUUUAAUAUUUAUUAUUCGAUUAUAUAUCGUUGUGAAGACGGGACCCAAACAUCGACCCGGAACCAAAGGUUCGGUGACUGUUCUGGUCGUCGCCGGAUCAGGUGGUCACACCACAGAGAUCCUGCGGCUGCUUGAAUGCCUGUCUGCAGCGUACACACCGCGACAUUAUGUGAUUGCUGACACAGACAGGAUGAGUGAAGAGAAGAUCUGCAGAUUUGAAAGCUUAAAACAACAAUCUGAUGCUGAGUCACAGUUCACCAUCUGUCGCAUCCCGCGGAGCAGAGAGGUGCACCAGUCUUGGACUUCCUCUGUCGUCAGCACCCUGAACGCCCUGCGGUUCUCCCUCCCCUUGGUGUUCAGACUCAGACCUGAUAUGGUGCUGUGUAAUGGCCCAGGGACCUGCGUUCCUCUGUGUGUGGCAGGACUGCUCCUGGGAAUUCUGGGAAUGAAGAAAGUCCUGAUUGUCUACGUUGAAAGCAUUUGCAGAGUGGAGACGCUGUCGUUAACAGGCAGGAUCUUGUACCUGGUGUCAGACUAUUUCUUUGUGCAAUGGUCCUCUCUGAGGGACAAAUACCCAAAAUCCAUCUUCCUUGGAAGAAUAGUGUGACGUAAGCUGCUUUACAUGGACGCUGGAUUGGAAAGGAUUGAUUAUCUUGUGUUUGUUAUGAAUGACUCUUCCCUCUUGUCUGUGUCUCAAAAACAGCAUGCAUUCCAGAUCAUUAAUAAAUUUGUGAUUUUUA